ACAGUAGAACAUUGCAUUUGGAUUCAUUCGUACAUACUGACGAUAACUCAUUGACGAAAUUAUUAACAUCUUUGUUUUAAAUAUUGUUUAAAGAGUUUAAUGCACAUAAUUGAUCAUAAAUAAUUGCAAUUGCAUUGAUGAACACAGAGGAAGAAACAGUUCGGAAAAAUGUCGGCUGAUAUUGAAAAUGACUUGAAUUCGUCGCUCUCUAGCGCCAUUCGGAAAAAAGAAUACAAACAUCUUCUCGACGUCGGCGGCCAAGCGGCAGAAAAUGUUGAGGUCAAUUCAGUUGUUGAUAAUCUCAUUACACUUAAAGGUCUGCUAACAGAGUCGAACAAACUUGCUGCGCAAGGCGUGAUUACCGAUCGAAUUGGUCAGUCAGCUGAAGUUGUUCUUGAUGCUCAGGUGUGUAAAUUGGCAAGCGAUUUGAUGGGAACAACAGUUUCAAAGAUUGAAAACAAUGAAUUUUCUGACGAUGCAUUUGUGGCUGGAUUGACCGAAAGUGUUUUGGAUGAGAACAAUGUGUGUGAUUGGUCUAAAUGGGAUGAACACAUUGUUUGCUCGGCAAAAUUCUAUUGCUACAAGCCUUCAUUUUAUGGAGCAUUUGAUUUUGAUGAAGUCGCCACUUCAACGCAAAUACAAAAGGAACGAAAAGUACGACGCAAAGCCGAAGUGGGAAUUGAAAAACGACCAACAAACGUAACGGAGGCCGCUACCAAUCAAAGCGGACAUCCAAAAGUUGAUAUCGUUCUUAAUACCAUCAAAGAUAUUUACAAAAAGAAUGGUAGGAAGCCAAUUCCAUACUUUCAAUUGGUAAUUGAUCCCACCAACAUGAUGUACACAUUUGACAACACAUUCCAACUGUCCUUCCUUUUCCGUGAUGGCAUGAUAUCAUUUGUGAAAGACAGAGAAGGUUUACCGGCAAUAGUGCCACUUGAUGAAGCAACCAAGCCACCAAAACCAUCUGAAAUGACUUCGUUUACAUCGAGCUUAGGUCACGAUCUUAUUGAAAAGUACAUACAAAAAUACAACAUUCGCAAACCAGUGUUGAAUAUUCCACGUGAAAACUAAACGAUUCUAUUUACUCGUCAAAUGAACAACCAUAAUAAUCAUACAUAUGUUAAGCACUUGUUAAAAAUAAAAUUUUAUUACAACUUUAUAAGAAAAA